UGCGCAACUCACAUCUGCACUCGACUCACAUCGGGUAGCGACAACGUUUAAAGACUUUGGGAAAGCAAAGUGGGUUAUACAGCCACUGGGUGGGUGACAGCCUCCACGUUUUGACUGAUGAUCGUAUACAAUAUAGCCUACACUGCGCUGCGCCAUGUCAAGAUACGGUCGUGAGACUAAGGUAUAUGUUGGUAACCUGGGCACAGGUGCAGGGAAAGGAGAGCUAGAGCGAGCGUUUGGAUAUUAUGGGCCAUUGCGAACUGUGUGGAUUGCUAGGAACCCCCCAGGGUUCGCCUUUGUGGAGUUUGAAGAUCCCCGGGAUGCUGAAGAUGCUGUCCGUGGCCUUGAUGGCAAGGUAAUCUGUGGCUCUAGACUGCGUGUUGAGCUUUCCACUGGGACUCCCCGCAGGUCGCACUAUGAUAGGCCACCAACCCGUAGGCCCUUUGAUCCAAAUGACCGUUGCUAUGAGUGUGGUGAGAAAGGGCACUAUGCUUAUGAUUGUCACCGUUACAGUCGUCGGCAUCAAAGCAGGUCCGGAUCUCGUUCUUACUCACGCUCCCGUGGAAGGAGGUACUCAUGUUCCCACUCAAGAAGCCGCAGUCGAGGUAGAAGGUCUAGGUCAGGAUCCCGGUCAAGGUCCAGAUCUCAUCCUAGAAGCAGGAACUCCUGCGUUCUACAAUCUAGAAAAAAGAGCUGACCAAGAAGACUGUCCUGAAGGAUAUUGCCAAACUCAGUCCCCACCAUCAGACAUCCUCUUUGGAGGCGUUCCAUAGUGUCAUUCUGCGGUUCACACCCAAAAACGUGGUCUAUCCAUAUCUGGGGAUGCUGUGCAGGUAAAUGAAACUGUUUAUUCUUUGAGAAUAUUUGCCCAUUCCUUGAAAUUGUUUUCAUGUCUGAUUUUCUUUUUACUGUCCAAGACUCUACCUGCAUUAUAAUGAGAGUGCUAAUCGAGGACAAGCCACCACAUCUUCCUCUUUACAAACUGAGCUUUCCAAAAUCCAGGAAGGGAGAGUGCAGAGCCAGACCAGUGAAGACAGACGCUACAUUCCGUGUUUUUUUUGUUUUGUUUUUGUUUUGUUUUUUUUACACAAAAACAAACACUUGCAUUGUACAUGACAAAGUACUGCAACAGUGCUUUCAACACAAUAAAUAAAACCAAACAAACUUACUUAAAUACCUGACAAACUACAAAAUUUCACGUGCAAAAUGAACAGAAUAAUGUAGUAAAUUAUACUAGUGAUUCACUUUUUUGUGUGUGUGUUGAUGAUUUGAUGGACAUGAUCAUGGAGAAAGUCUUUGUUGACCCAUCAUCGUAUGGAGACGAGAUUCUGAAGAUAAACAUCCCGCCGGACCUGUCUUCUCAAUAUGAGCAUCCAGACAAGGAGGAGGUCAUCGCCAGCUAUGUCUCAAGAUUCAAUCAAGGGGCGGGAGUUUGAAGCCUACAUAUCUUCCAUGGGCGUCAGGAAACUCCCGUCACGACACACGAGGGGAUCACUACCCGUAUCUUUCUACCAAGGAAGCCCCAGCUCCAGCUCACAACUUCUGUAGGCUUAAUACCUGUAACGAGAAAAAUGAACUUUGCUAGUCAACAGGUUUUAUAAUGUAUGUCUAAUUUGGAAUCGGUGAAUCAUUCAAUACUGUAUUUUUAUGUACAAUGACAGUGGUAAAUAAAUGUUUAUUGCAUGUGUAAAA